AUGAUACUUGAUUUUUAUCCAUUUUGCGGUUGCUUGCUCAACAAUAAUAUCUUCAGAUGUUCCUAGUGUAGAUGUAAAACAUGAAUUCACAUGAAAAUGGACAUCCCCAAAACCCACACCCUCCUCAAAUCCGAAGAAGCUUCUUCACCAAACCCAUUUCUCUAAUCUCGAUCUUCAUACUACUCCUCGCGAUCUCCUUCACCAUCUUAGCCCCCUCCCUGCCAUCCCUCCUCAAAUCCACCCACCUCAAAAUUUCGCCCCCAACAAUUACGAAAACCGACGUUAGCGAACCCCCUUAUUGCCUGCUAUGGAUGGCCCCUUUCCUCUCCGGCGGCGGCUACAGCUCCGAAGCCUGGUCCUACAUUCUCGCACUCAACGCCUUCAUCAACAAUCAGAAAACCCCAUUAUUCAAAUUGAGCAUCGAGCAUUACGCUGAUCUCCAAGAUUUGGAAUUCUGGGUGGGUUUGCCCUCGGAAAUCAAAAAUCUCGCCACCAAUCUCUACCAUACCAAAUGCAAACCGAAUCGAACCAUAGUAAUUUGCCACAGCGAGCCCGGGGCUUGGUAUCCGGCUCUCUACCAAACCCUACCCUGCCCGCCUACGGGCUACGGUCAGUUUAAGGCCGUUGUGGGCAGGACUAUGUUUGAGAGUGACAGAGUGAAUGAGGAGCAUGCUGGGAGGUGUAAUCGAAUGGAUUAUGUGUGGGUUCCUACUGAUUUCCAUGUUGCUACAUUUACUCAAAGUGGGGUUGAUCCAUUGAAGGUGAGGAAGAUCAUCCAGCCAGUCGAUUCUUCCUUCUUCGAUCCGUUAAAGGUCGAGCCUUUGAGCUUGGAUUCCGUGAGCCGGGUUGUGUUAGGAUCACAAAAGUUUAUCUCAAAAGCCCAGUUUGUUUUCUUGAGUGUGUUCAAAUGGGAGCAUAGAAAGGGGUGGGAUGUUUUAUUGAGGGCUUAUUUAGAGGAGUUUGGUGAAGAAGAUGGUGUUGCUCUGUGUUUGUUGACAAAUGCAUAUCACACAGAGAGUGAUUUUGAUAGGAAGAUUGUUAUGUAUGUGAAGGGAUUGAGUUUGGAUGAUAGAUUGGCACCUGUUUAUGUGAUUGAUGGCCACAUAGCUCAGGUUAAACUGCCGAGGUUGUAUAAGGCGGCUGAUGCAUUCGUGCUUCCAUCUAGAGGCGAGGGGUGGGGCCGGCCUGUGGUGGAGGCGAUGGCAAUGGAAUUGCCCGUGAUUGCCACCAACUGGUCCGGCCCGACUGAGUACUUGAUGGAGCAGAAUAGCUAUCCGUUGCCCUAUGAUAGGAUGAGUGAGGUCCAGGAUGGACCCUUCAAGGGGCAUUUGUGGGCGGAGCCAUCUGUUGAUCAGCUGCGAUUCUUGAUGAGGCGUGUUGUGAGCAACCGUGAUGAGGCUAAGGCUAAAGGAGUGCAAGCUAGGGUCGACAUGAAGGGGAGAUUCUCCCCUGAGAUUGUUGCAGAGGAAGUUGUGACUCAUUUGCAGGAAAUUGUCCAAAAUUUUGGUUGAAAUUUGAAUAUAUAGAUAAUGGAAAAAGGAAUUAGGAUUUGGUAAAUUGAAGUUUACCUAUUUGAAUUCUUUCUACAACUAUUGGCUAUGUAGAAUGUCUUUUAGAUGGUAGCAUUGAGGGUAUAUUGAUUUAUUCAGACUAUUAUUGUGUGAGAUGUUGGAAAUGAGCUGAUUUUAUAGGGAUCAACUGUACAUUGCAGAAAAAAUCAAAAGAUUGGUGUUUAGUCA